AUGGUAUUAAGGUAAUGAUUAUGAAUUUCAUUUAGGUUAUUAGUUAUUUUUCAGUCAUUCUAAAUCAUCACAUUUUAUUUUAAUAGAAGUAAAUUAAAAGUUUCAUUCUUUAUCUAGAAAUUAUAAAAGUUUGAAUUAAUUAUUUAUAUAAAAAUUGCUAAUUUAAAAAAUAAAACUAGAAUUCUUUCAUUAUAUUAUUAAAAUUAUUAAAGAAAGUUAAUGUUUAACAUAGAAAACAACGAAGUACAAAAUAAUGAACUUGUUAGUGAUGAAGAGUUCGAUUUUUUAAAUUUAGAAAUACCUUAAUUGGUUAGAAGAAAUGGGACUAUACAAGCAGAGAAAACUUAAGGAUACUUUAUUUUAGACAAAGUCUCGGAUAAAAUUUUCAUAGAAGAUUCUUGCCCUAUUUGUUUAUGUGAAAAUGAAUAACUUUAUCCUUUGUUUUGCGGUCAUAUAUUUUGCGAAAAUGACAUAAAUAAGUUACUUCUAGACUCUUAACUAUAGAAGAAUAUUUUAUAAUGUCCUAUUUGUAGGUAAUACUAACAUGUUGAGUCAUUUGAAUAAUUAUAUAAGCUCAAAUUUACUUCAAUAAAUCACAUUUAAAAAGAAAGCAAUUUAACCUAUUGA